AUGCUCGCGCGCAGCUGGCCCACCGCGCCCCGCCGCCCCACCGCAACAGGGAACAAAUGCGGUGGCUCCGGGAAGGACCGGGUGGCCGAGGAUUUUAUGCCGUCUAGCCCAGGGACAACAAUGACCUCCAAGACGAGCGGCAGCAUAACCACCAUCCUGAGCACCACGGGGAAGCUCUCCUCCGUGGGCAGCAGCUUCAUGGCGUCCGCCGGCAGCCGCAGCACCAGCGGCGGGUUUGACGAGGGGGCCAAGUACUCCGACGGCCAGAUCCUCGAGGCGCCCAACCUCCGCACCUUCACAUUCAUAGAGCUCAAGACGGCCCCCAAGAACUUCCGUCCGGACAGCGUCCUCGGCGAAGGAGGGUUCGGGAGAGUCUACAAAGGGUGGGUGGAUGAGAAGACCAUGGCGCCGACCAGGAACGGCACCGGCAUGGUUGUUGCGGUCAAGAAGCUCAACUCGGAGAGCAUGCAGGGGUUUGAUGAAUGGCAGUCGGAGAUAAAUUUUCUAGGAAGGCUCUCCCAUCCGAACCUAGUGAAGCUCUUGGGCUACUGUUGGGAGGACAAGGAACUUCUUCUCGUGUACGAAUUCAUGGCCAAAGGGAGCUUGGAAAACCACCUAUUCAGGAGUGAGUUCUUACGUAGUAGGAAUGUAGGGCACAUGUGGUCACAUAGUUUUCCAGAGGUUCAAAUCUGA